AUGGCUUAUUUCGAUCCUCGCAGACGAGGAUAUGUAAAGUAUUCUGAUUUCGCACGCCUGUUGGCGGCUGCGACGAAGCGAGACUGGAUAAUGACUCCCAGGGGACGAGGGCACGCCGCCCUUGAUACUCUAUUUGGCUGUGAUGACGAGGCGCUUUUCGCCAAUCUUGACCAAGGGGACAAGGGCCUCCUGAUAGUGCAGGACUUCGCCUACGCCAUUACGUGUGCUCGUGCCUGGGCUUAUGGUAUGGCGAUUCCUCCCGCGCCGGAGGUUCGGGCUGCUCAGUAG